UUUCUUCUAUUAAAAUUGGUCCGUUCUUGUUUAUAACCCUUGUUCGUCAUCCUUACUCCAACACUCAAUUUGUUUGACCUGGAAACUCCACAACCAUGGGACAAGGAUCAUCAGGUUUAAAUCGUCCAUCGAAUUCCGGUGACAGAAACCAAAACUCCGACAAAAAGGACAAGAAAUUCGAGCCUGCUGCUCCUCCUUCUCGAGUGGGUCGUAAACAACGCAAACAAAGAGGCCCAGAUGCAGCUGCUAGAGUACCUGUUAUUACCCCUCAUACUAAAUGCAAAUUAAGGCUUCUUAAACUUGAAAGAGUUAAAGAUUAUCUUUUAAUGGAGGAAGAAUUUGUGUCUAACCAAGAAAGAUUGAAACCCCAAGAAGAGAAAACCGAAGAAGAUCGAUCUAAAGUUGAUGACCUUCGUGGGUCUCCUAUGAGUGUUGGAAAUUUGGAAGAAUUGAUUGAUGAGAAUCAUGCUAUUGUUAGUUCUUCUGUUGGACCUGAAUAUUAUGUGGGUAUUAUGUCUUUUGUUGAUAAGGAUCAAUUGGAGCCUGGAUGUUCUAUUUUGAUGCAUAAUAAGGUUCUUUCGGUUGUUGGAAUUCUUCAAGAUGAGGUGGAUCCAAUGGUGUCUGUGAUGAAAGUUGAAAAAGCUCCAUUGGAGUCAUAUGCUGACAUUGGUGGAUUAGAUCAACAGAUUCAAGAAAUAAAAGAAGCUGUGGAGCUUCCUCUUACUCAUCCUGAAUUGUAUGAAGACAUUGGAAUAAGGCCUCCUAAAGGGGUUAUACUAUAUGGUGAGCCUGGGACAGGGAAGACUUUGCUGGCCAAGGCUGUAGCAAAUUCAACUUCAGCCACAUUUUUGCGAGUUGUUGGAAGUGAAUUAAUUCAGAAAUACUUGGGUGACGGUCCCAAACUAGUGCGAGAACUAUUUAGGGUUGCAGAUGAACUUUCCCCAUCAAUUGUCUUCAUUGAUGAAAUUGAUGCAGUGGGAACAAAGAGAUAUGAUGCUAAUUCAGGCGGUGAGCGUGAGAUUCAGAGAACGAUGUUGGAGCUGCUGAAUCAAUUAGAUGGUUUUGACGCUAGAGGAGAUGUGAAGGUCAUACUCGCGACUAACAAAAUUGAAAGUCUUGAUCCCGCAUUACUUCGUCCCGGUAGAAUUGAUCGAAAGAUUGAGUUUCCUCUACCAGAUAUAAAGACCAGGAGACGCAUUUUUACGAUCCAUACAUCGAAGAUGACAUUAGCCGAUGAUGUCAAUUUAGAAGAAUUUGUUAUGACAAAAGAUGAGUUUUCUGGAGCAGACAUUAAAGCUAUCUGCACAGAGGCUGGAUUGCUUGCUUUAAGAGAGCGGCGUAUGAAAGUAACCCAUGCCGACUUUAAGAAAGCCAAGGAAAAGGUGAUGUACAAGAAGAAAGAAGGCGUUCCGGAAGGGCUUUACAUGUAGAACUUUCUCUUAUCAACCAUCCUCAAUAUGGUUGACAUUCAACUAAUCUUAUUGUAAUUUAGAUGAAUUUUACAUUCUUGAAACCUGUUGAUCAAUAUCGCAUUCAUUAUAAGUGUACACAUUUUCUUGGUAUUACAUUAUUUCUUUAUGUAGCAUUUAUUGGACUAAUAUGGUUAUUAGAAUUUCAAUUCUAAUC